CCGCCCACUCUUCAUCAUGCUUGGCACCACCACCGGGAAGAAGCUGGAUCUUUCCAGGCUCACGGACGAGGAGGCCAAACACGUGUGGGACGUCGUCCAGCGAGACUUCGACCUGCGGAAGAAGGAGGAAGACCGACUCGGGGACCUCAAGACCAAGAUUGAGAAGGAAGACACCAAAUCAGAGCUGUUAGGGAACCAGACCAGUCUGACCGAGUCCUACUGCAUUCGGUGUCUCCAGCCCUUCAAGUUCCUGGUCAACAGCCGACGUCAGUGUCUGGACUGCCAUCAUUACAUCUGCAAGUCCUGCAGCCGCUACAACAAGAAGGAGCAGGGCUCAGUGUGUGACCCCUGUCACAUGGCCAGAUAAGAAAGUCCAAACGGAGGCUAACUGUCGAUCCCGUUGAUUUUCAACUGGGCUGUGACUACUCCCAGUCAAGAGGACGGUCCAAUCAGGCCCCGGGUUCCCAUGACAUCCUGGUCAUGGAUGUCGACGGGGGGGAGUUGAACCUCGCUGAAGCUCACGUGGCCUCGGUUUUCCAUCAGAUGUCGGAGCAGCAACGUGCAGAUGACCUGGUGUACUCGGACAGGGGAACCGUCCCGUCCCGCUCCGUCUCCCGGCUCAGCCACACCUCCUGUGGCAGCGGCAGCGGGGGGGGGCCCCGGGGCAGCAGCAGCUACCUGCCCGGCCCUGACGACUCGGGGGAGGAGGAGGACGAGGACCACUGCCGGCCCUACCUGCUCUACCAGUCUCACCUGGGCCCCUGCAGCCACACGUCCCAGGAGAGCUUGAACUCAGCCCUCCCCCCACCGCAGAUCUCUGACCUGAACAGACACAUAUCAAACAUAGAGACCAUCUUGAGUCGCUUAGAACAGAAGGUCACCUCCACAUAUGACCAGGCGUCCCUCACCCCGAGCAGCAGCUCUCCUCUUCCUCAGUGGGAGGGCGUGGACCUGGAGGAGCAGCAGCUCAGGCAGAAGCUGCACGACAUGACGAACGACAUCAGUGACCACAGCCUGACCUCGGACGAGGACGAGUCCAACGGGCCUCACUCCUCGCAGGAGGUCCCGGCCUGGAGGAGCCCGGAGGGGGACAGCAAACCGUCCAGACUCCCGACCAGGCCUUCGUCCAGGACAAGCACCGUGGACUCCAUCCUGGAGGAGGAGCCUCAGCAGACUGACUCUCAGAAGACAAACCACAUGACAGACAGUGUGGAGAGGAAGUGGCUCCCCCUAGAGGAGGGAUCGGAGUCGAGCUUCAGAGGCUCGACAGCUCUACUGGUCGAACUGGAAGGCCAGGUAGCUCAAGCAGCGGCCGACGUCCAAAACGCCCAGAGCGAGGUCUCUUACAUAGAGAACAGGAUCGCUGCUCUGAACGCUGCCGGCAUGCCUGUGGAUAAGAAGAGAAGGUCUGCGAUCCCGGUCCAUCCGAGAAGACUUUCCCACAACGUGCCCUCAAGCCAGGUGGACAGGUUUGUGAGGAACUCCCUCUACAGGGGCUCCCUGACGCAGAGGAACGCCGUGGCCAAGCCCAAGACCGGAGCGAGCUGUGCGAAACCAGUCAUGACUCAGGGUUCCUGAGGAGGAGAUUGAGCCUUUUGUGACCCAGCAGCUUUUUCAUUACCACAUUUUGUCAAUUUAUUACAGUCUUCAUAACUGGACUUUUAGCAUAAUUAACUUUAUUCCAAUUAAAGGGUGAAUUACUUCCAUUUCAGAGACCGUCUCCUGGAGCGGGACGGCUUUGUGUUUUAUAAAAAAUUUGCCCUUUUGAUAUUAAUUAGUGAUAUUUAUAUUAUGAUUCAGUUACACAUGAUCUGCACUAACAUUGCUUCAAUGUGAAAGCAUUUACAUUUGGCAUAAUAAUCUGAUAUUGUUAAGAUGCUUAUUCCAAUGUUGCAGGUCCUACAGCUGGUAGCAAGCCAGUCUGUGAACACUUUAAUAUCAUCUGUCAAAUGUUGUUAAUGUUUUGGGAUAUUUCGUUAAUAUCAUUGUAAAGGAGAAAUGAAAAGCCAGUUUAAAUAUCUACUUUAAGGUGUGUGAUUGUGAAUGUGAAGGAAAUGAAUUCAGUGUGUAGAGAAAUACACAAACAGUUGAGUGCAGCUGGUGACCAAGACAAAACAACUGCAACAUACUGCAUGUUAUUCACCUCCUGACCAGAGGAGACAAUAAGUCAUAAUUCAUCUUUUAAAAUAUAUAUAUAUAUAAAUACACUUUUUGUAUUGUGAGAUAUUAUUACAAAUGUAUGUUUGUGAGAUUGUUCUGCAUAUUUAUAGCAACAAGACACUUAAAGAAAUGUGACUUUUUCUAGAUCAACAUAAUCAGUAGUUUUAUAUUCAACCUAAAUUCAGAUUGUGACAAAUUUUAAAGAAACAAAAACUUUUUCUUUCUUUCUCAUUAUCUCCUCAAUCAAUUAAUGUCAGUCAUCUGUCCAGUAACUGCAUGUUGCAUAUUCUGAAUCCAGAUGUUGAAGGAAAUGUUUUUGAAGAUGAUUCAAUAAUUUGCAUUAGUUUUGUGUUCAUGCAGUCGAGUGACAAAUUAAAUGAAAACGCUUGAUGGGACACAAACCAGAGCAAAUGCUUCUGUACAGUUUGAGAUCACAGAAGAAUCCUAAUAGAUGAUUAUCAUAUGUCUCAACAUGAACUCUAUUAAUUGUCUAUUUCUUAUUAAAUUAUUUACAAACGAAAUCUUCUUUUGUUUGU